AUGGAUCCGGUGACCGGAAUCCUAACAGAAAGACCAAUCUCAGAAGAGUUUCAUGAUCAGCUUCCGAUUUCUUGGAUGGUUCAUUGUGAUGGAAUCAUGCUCUGUAUAUGUAGAUAUUGGGCACGAGGAGUAAGUAACGUCCGUCUCGCAGUUUGGAAUCCGUUUUUGAGGAGAAUCAAAUGGAUCGAACCAUCGGUUGAUUACUGGUUUCAUGAUUAUUUUGGGGUUGGAUACGACGACGAUGCAUCUCGUCACAACUACAAAAUCUUGAGGUUUGGUUCUCUGUCGUAUUCUCCCACUGGUGAUACAGAUAGAGUUUGUGAGAUCUAUGAAUUCAUGUCUGGUGCAUGGAGAGGUAUUGAUGCUGGGUUUGAUGCGGAUAUAGUUAUGGAGUGGGAAUGUGUGUCUGUCAAGGGCAACAUGUACUGGCUUGUGUCCAGGGCAACCCGAUUAGAAUGUUUCAAUGGAGAUAGACUCUCUUUCUUAACACAAGAUGGACAAGGAUCAAGAGACAUUGAUGCGGUCGUUUCGUUUGCCACUUAUUUCAAUGUCACUACUGACCCUGGCCUUGGCCCUGCUCUACUUCCGCGGUUACGGUUCUAUACUCGUCCGGGAUAUUCCAUCGGCAAGCACAGAAAUAUUAUGGCAUGGAGUGAGCAAACUGUAGAAGAAGAAGAAGAUAAUUGGGUUUCUGUCUUCACUUUUUACGAAAUUGAUGAAAGUGGUGUGGUAUCAAGGGAAAUUGAGACUAGUAGAAGAGGAUGGGAUAAAUACAGUGGCCUGCCAAUCUGUAGCUAUGUUUAUGUUCCAAGUCUGAUUCCGGUUCCAGAAUAA